AUGCUUUGCUCUUCUAUGCCAAUAUACUUUCCCUCUCCCUCCCUGCCUUCCGACUCUCCUCCUUCCUCCUUCAACCUAUUAAUUAUAAUCUCUUGUGAUUUUUGUCAAAAGUGAUCGUUUAAUCACAAACGCCACCUGCUUCUCUUUAUCUUUCUUUGUUUUUGAGUUUUGAUUAUUGGAAGGUGAUGGAGCUUCUUCAAGAGCUUUUUCUGACAGCUUUUGUGGCUGUUUUCUUCUCCUUUUUGGUUGCCAAACUUGUUUCCAUGGCUAUGGCGGGAGAUUCCUUCGAUGAUCUGAACUUGAAAUUAUCCAAUAAAGGUGUUGAUGAAGAAGUAAUUAUGGAAGAGGAGUUACAGUACAACCAGAAGCAACAGACGGUUCAGUGUUUUGGAAGUGGAAAUAAAACUGAAAUUAUGAGUGAGCCUGUCGAUAAGGUUGAUCGUUUCGAUGCAGAGAAUCUCCGGCUCCAUCAAAUAUCGGAAUCCGAUGAAGGCGUCGAAGAAAUCGAAACUGAAUGCUCUGAAUUGCCGAUUAUCUUUUCUUCCGAGCAAGCGACGGUAGAUGAGACCGGAGAAAUCGACCUCGAAACAGAUGACGUAAUUGGCGAAACCAUUGAAGUAGAUGCAACUGCGAUUAAAUUAGGGCACGAAAGCGUUGUUAUUCAAACUUCUGAGGAGGCUGAGGUUGCGGAGAGUGACAAGGAAGGAAAAGACAAGGAAGAGAAGGAGAUUGAGAUUGAUGACGAAGAUUGGGAGGGGAUUGAGAAGAGCGAGUUAGAGAAGGCUUUCACGGCAGCCGCCAAGUUUGUUGAGACGGAGGAAAAGGUUGGCCGAUUGGCACACUUAGGGAGCAAUGUGGAGAUGGAGAUGUAUGGGCUUCACAAGAUAGCUACUGAAGGAACUUGCCGUGAGCCACAGCCUAUGGCUCUCAAGGUCUCUGCGCGUGCUAAGUGGAAUGCUUGGCAAAGGCUUGGGAGCAUGAGUCCAGAGAUGGCGAUGGAGCAGUAUAUUGAGCAUCUUUCAGAACAAGUUCCUGGAUGGAUAGAAGAUAAUUUAGCUCAUAGCAGUAAGGAAACAUCAGAAGCAGGAAUGGGAAUCAAUAUAUCUCCAAAGACAAAUACUUUUUCAGCCCAUCAACUGGAGUUUCCUACUGAAAGAGCUCUAGAAAUGAAGCCCUGUACUGAGGGAGGUGGGACUACAGGGGGCUCAAAAAUGGACAACAUGGUAUGGGCCAAAGAAUGACCAUCAAUAACCUGCUGCUUCAUCUCCCUCACCAGAGGGGCCCUCUUCUUGGACCUGGUAUGCUCAAUUGGAAGAAAAAUUCUUAGCUCCAAGCCCAAAAAUAAAAAUGAUUGAUCAAGUUUAUCAUGUUGCUUAGUUAUCCUAGUAUUAUGGGAAUGUUAUGUGUCCAUUUACAUUGUAUAUUGUGCAUGUCUGUAUGUAUAUAUAUAUGUUAUAUAUAAUGUUUGUGUUCCCCAAUGUAAGGCUAUUCGGCGGUGGCUCUCAAGGAGAAAAUGAAAUAUGUUAAUGUUGGCUUCUGCAAACUAAUUUUAUGGUUGAUCAUCUGCUUUUCUUUGUUAA